AAAAACAUUUAGCUGCACAAGGUCCUACUAUUCGCCACGUGGUGCAACUUGCUUGAUUAUUAUAGAAAAUUAAUUUAAAAAUGCCACCUUUUUCCGCCUGUUCUAUGUGCAACGUGAGAACCAGGAAGAUGGUAAAGGAUCCUGUGACCUUAAAGCUAAUCUACGUGUGCCCAAUUUGCUUUAAAGGCACGUUUCAGGAAAAAAAGCAGAUUGAAGCUGAGAAUCGUAAAAAGAAUGGAGCUGCCAAGCAGACGAAAAUAAAAAGGAUCACCUGCGAGGAUAAAAGCGAAGGGAUAGCCAAGAAAGCAGUUGAUCUGGAAACUGAGAAGAAGGAACAGAUGAUGCGCCCUCUCCAAAGCUACAAUCUCCGUGUAAUCGAUCCACCUAAGGUGCAUCGGAUUCCGAAGGUCACACCUCUACUCAUGCAAACUGUGGUAAUUAAGAAUCGCAAGUAUGUGGCUGUUUGUGAGACAGCCGACAACGAGUGAUUUGUUCUUGGCCUGAUUUUUCAUUUUUAUAAGCCAGCGACUGGUAUCUAAUUAGGCUAGUUUCGACAUCAACUCAUUGGCAUUUUUCGAAGCGCUCAAUAAAAAACACAACGAAUUUGGUAGACUCUUUCAAAGUUGUUU